AUGGCUUUUCAACAGCCCAUCUUAAAUCCGUGCGUUCCCUUUUGCAGCUCUAUUUUUGGGGGUCUCAGCGAAGGAAAAAUGAUUGUGAUUCAAGGUUGCGUCUCGUUCUCUGCCAAAAGAUUCUCCGUGAACUUGGUCUGUGCGAAUGGAGACAUCGCCUUCCAUUUCAACCCACGAUUUGAUGAGGGCAACGUCAUUGUCUGCAACACGCAAGAAAAAGGCUGCUGGGGAUCUGAGGAACGGACCUCCAAAAUGCUCUUCCAGCCAGGGGUCUCUUUUGAAGUGAUCAUCAACAUCAGGAGCUGUGGUUACCAGGUUUCCGUCAAUGGCAGCCAGUUCAUAGAUUACCGACACCGCCUUCCCAUGCAUCUGGUCCAGACUUUGCAGAUCAAAGGGGACAUCUCCUUGAGUUGGAUCAAUUUCACAGGCGGAUUGGUUCCACCUCCUUAUGCGCCUCCACCUUACAAUCCCAACCCACCUAUGAAUAACAUCGGUGGAAUGACGGUGUACAAUCCGACCACCCCGUUUUGUGCACCUCUUCUGGGGCGUUUCUUUCCCUCCUGUAAGAUCAUAAUUAUGGGGACCAUUCCUUAUUCAGCAGACAGAUUUCACGUGAACCUGAAAAACAUCCUGAUGGGCAACAUCGCCCUGCACGUCAACCCCCGGUUCAAAGAGGGAGCCCUGGUCCGGAAUUCGUUCAUCAACGGCUGUUGGGGAAGCGAAGAGAGAAAUAUUGCCUUCCUGCCGUUCUGUCCCGGACAGAGCUUUCAGCUGGAGAUCACCUAUCUGCAGAACUGCUACGAGGUGAUGGUGAACGGGCAGCUGAAAUUUGAAUACUAUCAUCGGAUCCCUGCCUCUCAAGUGGAUCAACUGGAAAUAGCCGGAGACGUGAAACUUUCCUGCGUGCAGUACUGAUCACCCUCUGUGAACCGUCGUGUCCUG